GCACCAGACUGUAGGUCAGACAUGCAGUGCUGACAAUGUGAGGAAGAAGAACAAACAAGACAAUCAUGUUUUGCACCGAAUGUGGAACUCAAGUGGACAGUACAUUUAAAUUCUGCCCUGAAUGUGGCAACAAGUUAUUUCUUUUGUCUCAAAAAAAGGCUCAAGAUGGUGCCACAUCAACACAUAUAAUUUCAACCACGACUAAGGAGAAAACCCAAAAGGAGGAUCAAGACCAGGCUCCAAAAGAAGAUGAAGGUAUAAAGGAAAAUACCACCCAAAUACAGGGACAGUUGGCUACUGAUGAUUCUGAGCUGGACAGCAAAGGUGCUGCAUCAUCAGAUAGCAGUACAGACCCAGCCACAGUGAAAAAUGAAAGUGCAUCUUCAUCUCUUCACCAGACACAGUUUGACAGUGAACUAGCAGUUUGUGAGGAGAAACAGAAGCAAAAUGCUGUGGCUGCUGAAAUUAACUCUGACUCAUGCACUGAGGCAACACCUGAAACAAACCUGUCUGUUCCCACAACAACACCCUCCCCUACAUCUGCCCACAGCAAAAUAGCAGCACAUCAAACAAGGGAUUCAUCAGAUAUAAACAAAGAUGACACCCCGGAUCCAUAUCAAACUCCUGCUGACAAGCUAAGUGAUGUUCAUCCUGGACCUUUGUCUAACUCCAAAGAUUUCCCAACAACCAAAGAAGCUGAGUCUACUGUCCCUGAAUCAUCUGAGGACAUAUUAAAAGAAGCCAAAGCAGCAACGCAGCCUGCCCCACACCAAGAUGCAAACAAAACAACAUCUCAAAAUCUCUCUCGGAAGACUGCUGAUAAGAAAAACUCCAUGAACGCAGAUCAAAAUACAGUCACAAAACAGGCUGACAGGAAAAAAGAACAAGUAGAAGGAGUUGAGACGUGUUAUUCAGAUGAUCAAAAUACCACAAAGUCAGAGAAGUCUUCAAGACCCAGCCCAGUAACAAGGGACACCAGCAAAGAUACUGAGGCUACUUCCACUAACUCAAAUAAGGACACAGGUGCACAUCUGGCAAAAGAACAGCAACGAGGCAAGAGAGAUGUAGUUGGCUCUAGGCCACCAACUUCACCCUGCCCUCCCCAUCAUAGUGAUGUCCAAGUGGGCCAUCAGAGACCACAAAAGUAA